AUGGGGGGGGCACCCCCUGACCCGUGUCCUACACACACAGGGGUGUUCCAGUGGAUGAGAAGGACCGAGUGUUACUUCAUCAACGGCACCGAGCGGGUGAGGUACGUGGAGAGAUUCAUCUACAACCGGAAGCAGUUCGUGCACUUCGACAGCGAUGUGGGGGUCUUCGUGGGGGACACCCCGUAUGGGGAGAAGGCGGCCAGGUACUGGAACAGCCAACAGGAAUAUCUGGAGGACAGACAGGCUGUGGUGGACUGGUACUGCCGACACAACUACGAGGUGUUCACCCCGUUCACUGUGAACCGCAGAGUGCCCCCCACCGUGUCCAUCUCGCUGGUGCCGUCGAGCUCCCAGCCCGGCCCCGGCCGCCUGCUCUGCUCCGUGAUGGAUUUCUACCCUGCGCCGGUGCAGGUGAGGUGGUUCCAGGAUGGGCAGGAGCUGCCGGAGCACGUGGUGGCCACCGACGUGGUCCCCAACGGGGACUGGACCUACCAGGUGCUGGUGAUGCUGGAAAUCCCCCCCCGGCGCGGGGUCACCUACACCUGCCAGGUG